GGGGGGGCGGGGCUGCGAAACUUCUCCUCCUCCUCCUCCUCUCUCUUUCUCUCCUUUCUUUUCUUCCUCGGAGGAUGCGGAGCGUCGUGAGGUGACAGGAAGCAGGGAGGAGGAGGGGAAGGGGGCGAAAGUUUCUAGCCCCCGCCAGGAGUGGGUUGGCCGUGAGGGGACAAGGGGGAAACGGGAGUUCGGCUUCCCCUUUCCGAAUGGUGCUCCUCCUCAUGACUGACCUCCAGCACGACGGGGCGGCCGCCGCUAAAAAGGAAAAAGCUGCCUUGACCCAUUCAGAAAGUGAAAAUGGGACAGAAGAAAAAAAGAAGAGCGGGAAACCAUCUCCUGGGCUGUCACAGACAUCACCAAGUGAUCUUGAAUGUUUUGAAGACCAGAAGAAGGUUAUAACUUCACGGUCAAAGACAAUAGUGGAUAAUACCUUCUUGGCAACAGAUGGCAAGAACGUCUCAAAGCCCGAAAGGAAGAAGAGUGCCUCAAAUCAGUUUAAGGCAAAUGCUCACUUUCACAAGCUGUUUCUGGAUGUCCCAAUUGACGAACCCUUGAGAAAAAAUUUUACCUGUGCGUUACAAAAAGAAAUCUUGUACCAAGGGAAGCUAUUCAUAUCGGAGAACUGGAUUUGCUUCCAUUCUAAGGUCUUUGGCAAAGACACUAAGAUUAGUAUACCUGUGUUGUCAGUGACACUGAUAAAGAAAACAAAGACCGCCCUUCUAGUGCCAAAUGCCCUGGUUAUAACAACAGUCUCUGAUAGGUACAUGUUCGUGUCCUUUCUGUCCAGAGACACUGCUUACAAGCUAUUAAAAUCAGUUUGUCAACAUCUAGAGGAUGUUAGUGUUGGCAACAGUCCCAGUCUUCCUUCUCCAGAAAAUAGCUUCCGGGCAAAUCGCCCGACAACUUUACCACUGGAUUUCAAUGAAGAUUUUUCUGAAUUGGAUGGCAUCAUCCAACAGCGCAGACAAGAGAUGGAAGAAUCCAGCAGCACUGGUUCUCAAACUCCAGAACUGGAAGCCUUCCAAGAUUACCAUGUUGUUGAGACCCAGACUCAUCUGAAAACCUCCAGGGUGGAGUCAAAGGCUGUCCAUACAGAUGUUAAGGCUAAAUAUUUGUGUGAUGAUAAAAUCAGGAAUCUUCCAAGAAAUGCUCCUCCUCCUAGAAUCCUUGGAGUCCUUUACAGAGUGAAUUACCAGAAGUUUUUGACUGUGAACCACAUACUUAUUCUCUAUGCAAUUCUUGUUUGUGUACUCAUUUUCUCGACUUUCUACAUGAGAUAUAAAAUCUACAUUCUGGAAGAGCAGCUUGGCACCAUGGCUUCCUAUGUGGAUUCGCAUCCCCACGUAUAUCCAAUAAAAGAAGGUCUAGGAUCUCAACUGCCUCUUAACAUUGUUGGUCUCUCUGAGGAGCUAACAGCUAAUCUUAUCAAACUGGAAAAGAUCCAAAGCAAUUUACAAAAGCUACUUGAAGAUGGCGAAUGAGUUGCCAGCUACCUUCAUUCAUACUUCGUUUCCUUCCUGAUAAGCAACUCUAAAUGUGACAUCAGACUCUGCUGGCCAGGGUGUUAUGUCCUUCAACUGACUCCAAAAACUUCACUCUCCACUUGACCGUGGAAGUUUGAAUCUGUGCAAUAAAGUGUCUCUAUUCAGAG